UUUCCUCGGCUACCUUGGCGCCACCCUCUUUGGAGCCUCCAUGGCACUUCAGCGGAUAGCUCUACAACGCUGCCUGGAGUCGUUUGACGUGAGAGUGGCUGGUUGUUACAGUGCAACUGACCGCGACGAGAUCUAUGCUGCUAUUGGUGCCAUCUAUUUGCGAGGUGAGAUCAAUGGGUUGGACGCAUUCAAUCACAUGGUACGAACACAACUCAAGGAGCAGGUGUUGCAACGAGUCAGUGGUUCAACUACGCUGUACUCCAACCUCCUCUUGUUGUUGCUCCCUGGCGUUUGCCUUUUAUUGGGCGCAAUCGCAUGGUUUCGAGAGACCUCAACAUUCACCCAAGGCAUCUACUUCAUGUUUGCCUGUUCGUACAUGCUUGCCUGGAUUCCUAGCAGUCUUGCCGUUAGCCUCCAACGUGGCGAGCGCCUCGCGCGCUCGAGCAACCAGGCAGACCUCCAAAGCUUUGUGCGCCGAGCUAGCGUGGCGAUCGCCUCGUCGGCCGCGCGCGGCGUCAUUGAAUGCUCUCUUUUCGCCUACUGGCCUCCCAUUCUUCUCAUACUUGCGUGCGAAUGGCCGGACGCCUACCCGGAAGCUGGCCCUCUACGGCUCGUCAACGUGCCGGAUCAAGCCCGGCGAGCAUCCGUGUUGGCACUCAUGAGCCUGUGGAGCAUCGCUGGCAUUUGCUUGGCUCGCCGCACAUUUAGGCCGCGAGCUAUCAUCGGAGCAGGAUCGAGCUGACGCAUGGAUUAGAGCGGAGGGGUGGUGCUGAUUUUGUGCAGGGUGUGCUGUAUUCGGAGGUAUUCGGGAGCGCACGCAGUGAGUGUCAGUGCGAUAAGAGUUGAGAGCACUGUUGAUUGUUGACUAUACGAAGCCACGCCGACUCGUUCCUCAUUGUCGUCGAUAUAAUGUCGCCGUUUUCGUCGCGACGAGUGUUUUUUUAUCUCUGUCAGAGGGUGGGGUGUCGGGUGAUUUGGCUUUA